GUAAUAAAAAAAGUUGCGCCCAAUCUCCCCCUAGCACUCCCAACUCCCAACUUCCACAGUUCCACUUCCUAAUACUUGCUAGGUUGUUUAGUCGUUUAACAGCCCUGCAUGCGCUGUUUGGCAGAAAAAAAAAAACGUUUAUUUUUUGUCAUUUGGGCUCCUCACUCUGCGACAUCCCCAAGCUGCAAACCGGGUGCGUCUCUUCGGUUUAUCCGUCUUCUUCUCAAAUUCCCCAAAACACGAAAAAGAAAGGGGAAACUCCUACUAAUUCACUUGCUCCAUACAUUUCCCGCCAGCGGCAACUGUUUUCUGUCCUGAUAACAAUGUCGCAGUCCCUCCAAUUCUUCACUCCCUCCCGUCCUCCUUACCUCACUCUCCCAAAACUUCCCGCAACGUCCUAUCCCCAUUCCUCGGUAAUUAAACUCCCCAGCAAAAGGCACUCUACCACGAUCACGAGAUUGUUAUCUUCAGAUCUCGAUGCAACGUCAUCACAAGUCCUGGCUUCCGGAAACGGCCAGAGUGGAGUUGGGGGGGUUUUAUCAGCGGACAACGUGGGGGCAGUUCUGUCUCAUGCACCGUCGGAUUUGGGAGCUGUGGCGGCGAUCGAUGUGGACGCCGUGACGGAGGCGGAGCUCAAGGAGAACGGAUUCCGUAGCACGAGGCGGACGAAGCUAAUCUGCACGAUCGGUCCAGCCACGUGCGGGUUCGAGCAGCUUGAAGCGUUGGCUGUCGGAGGCAUGAACGUGGCUCGAAUCAACAUGUGCCACGGCACACGCGAGUGGCAUCAAACGGUGAUCGAGCGGGUAAGGAGACUCAACGAAGAGAAAGGCUUCGCCGUCGCUAUUAUGAUGGAUACUGAAGGUAGCGAAAUUCACAUGGGAGAUCUCGGUGGCGCUGCCUCCGCCAAAGCUGAGGAUGGAGAAAUCUGGACAUUUAGUGUUAGAGCUUUUGAUUCGCCACGGCCAGAGCGUACAGUUAAUGUCAACUAUGACGGUUUUGCUGAAGAUGUGAAAGUUGGGGAUGAACUUUUGGUUGAUGGUGGAAUGGUGAGAUUUGAGGUGAUAGAGAAGAUUGGUCCUGAUGUUAAGUGUAGGUGUACUGACCCGGGAUUGAUGCUUCCUCGAGCUAAUUUGACUUUCUGGAGGGAUGGGAGUCUUGUUCGUGAGCGUAAUGCUAUGCUUCCUACCAUUUCUUCCAAGGAUUGGUUGGACAUCGACUUUGGGAUUGCAGAAGGUGUUGAUUUUAUUGCAAUAUCCUUUGUCAAAUCUGCAGAAGUGAUUAAUCAUCUUAAAAGCUAUAUUGCUGCUAGGUCACGUGGUAGUGACAUAGCUGUCAUUGCAAAGAUAGAGAGUAUUGACUCAUUAAAGAACUUGGAGGAAAUUAUUCAAGCAUCUGAUGGAGCUAUGGUUGCAAGAGGAGACUUGGGUGCUCAGAUACCAUUGGAACAGGUUCCAUCAGCCCAGCAAAAGAUCGUCCAGCUUUGCAGGCUGCUAAAUAAGCCAGUGAUUGUUGCCUCCCAGCUACUUGAAUCAAUGAUUGAAUACCCUACACCAACCCGAGCUGAAGUUGCUGAUGUUUCUGAAGCAGUGAGGCAGCGAGCUGAUGCUUUAAUGCUCUCUGGUGAGUCAGCUAUGGGACAGUACCCAGAAAAGGCAUUGGCUGUUCUGAGAAGUGUUAGUUUGAGAAUAGAGAAGUGGUGGAGGGAGGAAAAAUGCCGUGAGGCUAUGGAACUGCCAGAUGUAGGAACUUCAUUUGCAGAUAGUAUCUCAGAAGAGAUAUGUAAUUCUGCCGCCAAGAUGGCUAACAAUUUAGAGGUGGAUGCCCUUUUCGUCUACACAAAGACAGGCUACAUGGCCUCCCUCCUAUCACGCUGUCGACCAGAUUGUCCCAUCUUUGCUUUUACAACAACAACUUCUGUCCGAAGGCGUCUGAACCUACAGUGGGGUCUGAUACCCUUCCGUCUGAGCUUCUCUGAUGAUAUGGAAAGCAACCUUAACAAAACCUUCUCGUUACUCAAAGCCAGGGGAAUGACCAAAUCAGGUGACCUUGUAAUCGCUGUGUCAGACAUGUUGCAGUCCAUCCAAGUCAUGAAAGUUCCUUAAAAACUCGGUAUGAUUCAGAUUGUGGUCAUUUUUCAACCCUGCCUCUAGACUGUUUUAUGUAUUAAACUUCCUGUAUUCUUUACCAUCAUUUCAACGUGAUUACUGUUAGAAAGAAAAUUAUUGCCAGAGGAGAAUGAGGAGCAAUCAUGAGCCGGGUCUUGUUUUUAUUCAACUACUGCCCAUGGCUUGUUGCAACAAGGACAACCACCAAAUCUACAAUAUGGGACAUCUCAUGCUUUUCCAGUUUAGAUGUAUUAUGGUGUUGGGGCUGGGGCAUGCCAGCACAAUUCAUAAUCCAUUUUUUUCACUUUGAUAGUUUUAUAACUGUAAUUUUCUUUUGUCUUUUUCAGUAUUUGUGAGAUUUUGAAGGCAAUGUAGCUCAUGUAUGUUAUUCAACUAGAAUAUCUGUUUCAACGAAACUGUUUUGUUGUUUUGAAUCUCAUCAACUCUUGCAGGCAGUUUUUUGUAAGUUCUUACGUGUUUUCCUAGUCAUCAAACAUUCUUAUUCUUUCCUAAUUGCUUUCGUGACUUCACCCAUCAAGACAAUCCUCCUGAAAUUGUACUCAGCAGAUGAUAUUAAAUGCUUUAAACAUUGACCCAGACCAAACAUCCAACGAGGAUCGGUUGCCUUCCUAGAGGAGAUACCAAACAUAAGCA